GUGGGAAGGGGCUGCUUGCUCCUGGAGUCCAUCAUGUUUCUGUCAGAACACCGGCUGGCUGAAAGAGGAUAUUUGCUGCUCUGGCUGCUCCCAUCUGUUCUCAAAGCCCAGCCUAGUGCGGAGGUGAGCCCAAAGCCUCUGCCAUGCCAGCAGAGCUCAGUUCAGGUCUCGUGCCAAGGUCUUGGCCUCCGCACAUUUCCAGAGAAGCUUGGCCAUGGGGUUAAGCAACUCGACCUCUCUGACAACUUCAUCCAAAACCUGACGGAAAGCUGCACAUCAAAGUUAGGGCAGCUAGAGCACCUCAAUAUGCAUUUCAACCAGUUGGCAACUGUGUCAGAAAUGGCCCUGACUCCUCUAACUCAUCUUCACUCUCUGCUCCUAGCUGCAAACCACCUUGAUAGGAAUUACUUCACCAACGGAAGAGCCUUCGGGUCACUGAAGAAUCUAAAGGUCCUGGACCUUUCUGCAAAUAAUUUGGACAGUGAUAUGGCAGCCUGGUACUUCAGCAAUCUCACCUCUUUAAAGAAACUGGAUCUGUCCUGGAACAAGAUGACCAAGCUGCCAGGGAGCAUGUUCCAGGGAACUCUAAAGCUGAGAGAGAUCAACCUUAACAACAACUACAUCACGGAAAUAGAGGAGGGAGCUUUUGAGGCUCUAUUAAAUCUAAAAGUGGUGAAUUUAGCUAUGAAUUCUCUUCACUGUAUCUCGGGCUUCAGCCUCACACAGCUGCAAGUUUUAAAUCUCAGCUACAAUGCCCUGGAAUUCUUUGUUACAGAGGAAAGAAAGGAACACUACCAGCUUCAGGUGCUAGAUCUGAGUCAUAACAAACUGAUCUACUUUCCAGAGCUUCCCAAGGUGCAUCGCCUCACACACUUAAACCUCUCUGAUAACGCCAUAGCCUCUUUGGCUCCAAGUUCCACCAGUACAGCAGAGUUCAGACUGCGGUAUGAUGAGAUGGCAAGACCUAACAUAUCCUUGAAUAUUUACAAUGCAGCAGCUAGACUGUCAAAGAUAACUGACUUAGAUCUCAGCAGUAACCUGUUGUAUUUGUUCCCAGUUACUUUCCUUCAUAAUCUGAGCUCCCUCCAGAAUCUCAAUAUGGCUAAGAACUGUCUCCAUAAUAUAGCUGUGGAGUCACCUCCUGGUGAUAUGGAAAGCAAGGAGCCAGGCGCGAUGCAUGACAAUGCCUUUCUGUCGGUGAGGUCACUGGAUCUUCAAGGCAAUUUCAUUCGUUCCUUGCCACAGUGGUUUUUUGGUAUUCUGCCCAAACUGGAAACACUUGACCUUGGUUCUAACCGCCUCCAGCCUUGUGAGAGCCAGAAUGCUAAUAAAAGAGAGAUCCCAAUAGGUCAUAACUCAGCUCAAAGAGGUAACUGUACAUCCUUCUGUGACCUACCGCAGCUGAAGUAUCUGAGUUUACGUAGGAACAACAUUGUGAGGCUAUAUCCUUACAUAUUCAACCAAACCUCUUUAGUCUCCCUGGAUCUGUCUGAAAAUGAAGACUUGUUCAUGCCAAAAGGAGCUCUGGAGGGUCUGGAAUUCUCUUUGCAGAAGCUCUCUCUGAGAGGAAACCAGAUGGACAACAACAAGACAGAGUUCCCUUGUCUGAAGAUGCUGAAAAAGUUGGACAUGUCAGACAACAAGUUGAGUCUUUUGCCCCCUGAUCUUGUCUGCUCUCCAUUGGAAAACCUGGACAUUCGCAAUAACAAUCUCCAGGCCUUAGAGAAACCUGCCACCGUGAGAUGGUCCAGCAGCCUCAGUCAUCUGAAUGUUGCUGGCAAUCCCUUUAGCUGUUGUGCGCUGAGCUGGCUGGAAAUUCUACAAGCUGCCCAUGUGAAUGUGUUGGAUCUGAAUGAAACUCUGUGCUCUUAUCAGGACAAGAACAGGAACUUCUCAGCUAAGAUAGCCAACAAGACCACGUGGCUUUGUCCUCAUCAGAUAGGAAAUCGCUACCUGAUGGUAUUGCUGGUGGUGGUGAUCACUCUUUGCUUUCUGUUUCUCAGCUGUGGGAUAUGCUGUCGUCUGAAAAAGAGUCAGAAGCUCUCAAAGUAUCUGGGAUUCAGAAGCAACAGGGUGGACCCCAUUCCUUAUCAUCCAAAUAAGGAAAAGAGAACUGAACAGAUUGCAAUAGACAGAGUUACAGAAGUAUAGUACAGGACAGGAGAGGGAGAAUAAUAUUUAUUGUAUUUUAGGCACCUGCCCCUCACUGAUACAUUAAAGGUUUCACAAACCAGACAAUAAAACAUUCAAAAUCAAAUCAAUAUGCUGUGCUCCCUCUUGAUGCAAGCAGCCUAGACACAUACUGUAGCCUCCAUGGGCCAUCCCUCCAUACUGCUUUUUUUGUGUGCAAGGGAUAACUGCUCAUUGUGGGAGACUUGGAAAUGUUUUGUUGUAUUUAGAAAGAAUUCCCUGAUGGGUUUCCUGCCCUGAAACAAGGCCGGUGCUCUUUGAAUGGAUCUCUCCCUCCUGCUUCUUCCAUCGCUCACAGCUGAACCCAUCCUCUCCUGUUUGUGAGCAGAUCGUUAUCUCCACAGCAACGGAAUUAUUGUUCUACAUAACUGUUGUUCAGCAUUGUCCAGGAGUUGUCACCCGGCCUUUCAAUAGGCGAACUAAAUACUUGUUACUUGUCAACUUAGUAAACAAGAAGCCCCCCACCCCUGCUUUCCCCCCUGCAAUAUGAGGGCUGCAGAGUCCUGUGAAAUGCCCCUUGUAAAGAAGUGUUAGGCCUGGUCUACACCUAAACCUUAGGUCAACCUAGCUACAGUGCUCAGAGGUGUGAAAAGUUCACACCCUGGGAGAUGUAGUUAAACUGAGCUAAGCCCUGAUGUAGACACUGCUAGAUCCUCAGAAAAAUUCUUCCAUCAACCUAGCAACCACCUCUCAAGGGAGAGGAUUUACCACAGCAAUAGAAAAACUCUUCCAUCACUGUGAUGUGUCUACACUACAGCAGCAUUGCUGCAGCUGUUUGGCUGUAGCACUUGUAGUGUGGACAAACCCGUAGUGUAUUCUUCUGUAAUGGCCCCAAACACAACAGCUUACAGUGUCAAAAAUGGCCUUGUGGGGAAGAGGGAGAGGGUGAUUUCUGCAGAAUCCCAGGAUAUUGUUUAAAAAUGUGACUCUCCCCUUUGUUGACACUCCUGUCCCUUGAACUUUCAUCCAAAUCUUUGUGCUAAGUUGACACUUCUAAGUGGCUCUGAGCAGUGCAGAUUGUGCCUGAGGACAGCUUGCCAUGUUUUUGGCCAUUGUGAUAGGAAUGAAUCUACCUCAACAAAAAGAACCCGAGUUGAAAAUUCUCAGCCUCUCUGUCUGCUUUUAAGUCAAAACUCCUAAGCUUUUCAGCUCAGUGUGCAGGCAGAUGAACAUCCUCAGAGCUUGAAAUAGGAUAGCCAAGCCACAAUUUCUGAACUGUCAUAAACUGCAGUGACUUCUUCCACAAGGACAGGAGAGUGCAAUCUGGCUGUCUAGCUCCAGGGACAGCUGGACCUCCCCAUGGAAGCCAUCAAGACAAAGAGCUCUCAGUCACUGUUCUAACCAGUAACACUCUCACCAUUGGUGCUCACGCUCCCCAGAUAAUCAGCAGAUGCUGCAGGAGCAAAAUCCUGAAAGCAAUAAAACAUACUGAGACUGCAGCUCUCUAGCUGCCAGGUUACUCCUUCCUGGACUCAGGAAGCCAAAGAGAAACACUCAUUACUAUCAUGGGUGUUGUGCUUGAGCUCAGACGCAUUCAUUUUCCAUCCUGUCGCUGCCAGGAUUGCUGUGACAAAAACCACUGCUUUUCAGGUUUCCUCAGUUCUAGUCUUUGUCACCCCAGCCAGCCUGGCACUGAGUCCGACACCCAGGAACAUUUACAAGUCAAGCUCUACACACAUCUGGUGCUGCAGAGUACCGCAGAAUGAAUGGGGUUUG